AUGGACGUCAAGACGGACAGCAAGCAAGCCCGUGAAGGAGAGGCGAUCGUCGUCUCGGAAACCCCUCAGGAGGGCGAGCUUCACGAGAGGCGACUAUCCACAUCGGAAUGGGCCAAAUAUCGCCAGACGAAACGCGGCCUUACGCCUCGCCAUGUUCAGUUGAUGGGAAUCGGUGGCAGUAUAGGAACCGCUCUUUUUGUGGGUAUCGGUGGCAGUCUGAAGAAUGCUGGCCCGCUUUCGCUUGUCCUGGGCUACCUGUUUUGGGGCCUCCUCUUCAUCUGGCCAGCAUAUUUACUCGUGGCCGAAAUGCUGGCAUACCUCCCUAUCCGAGGCACCAUUUUCGAGCUUGGUGGUCGAUACGUGGAUCCUGCCCUAGGUUUCGCCAUGGGCUGGACCUACUUCUUCGCUGGGGCGAUGCUGGUCUGCACCGAGUACGCUUCUGUCGCUACAGUUAUGACCUAUUGGAACACUAGCGUCAACGCAGCCGUGUGGGUGACCAUGGCUCUGGUGGUCUGCGUGUUUUUGAAUAUCGUGGCAGUCAGAUGGUACGGCGAAUCCGAGUUCAUCAUGGCCUCGACCAAAAUCCUCCUUCUGAUGGGGUUGAUCCUCCUUACAUUCAUCACCAUGGUCGGUGGGAAUCCACACCAUGAUGCCUAUGGCUUCCGCUACUGGAAACACGGACUGGCUAUGCAUCCCUAUUACACUACUGGUACCACUGGACGCUUCCUGGGCUUCUGGAGCGUCGUUCGAUAUGCAGCGUUCACAAUCUCUGGACCAGACUUGAUCGCCCUCGCGGCAGGCGAGAUCCAAAAUCCGCGCAGAACAAUCCCACGGGUCGCUCGUCUCGUCUUCUACCGGCUGGUCGGCUUCUACGUUGUCGGCGUCCUCUGCGUCGGGAUCAUCUGCUCUUCCCGCGAUGCUCGGCUGAUCAGCGCCAUCAACGACGGAAAAGCCGGUUCCGCCGCUUCGCCGUGGGUGGUUGGAAUCCAGAAUCUGGGCAUCACCGGCCUUCCUAGCUUCAUCAACGCCCUCAUCCUGCUGUCCGGCCUCUCGUGCGGCAAUGCCUAUCUGUACUCCACCAGCCGGACGCUCUAUUCGCUCGCCCGCGACGGUCUCGCGCCCAAGUUCUUGAUGAAGUGCACUAAAGCCGGGGUCCCGAUUUAUUGUGUGCUCGUGGUGACGGUCAUUUCGUUGAUCACGUACCUCGUCGCCUCCAACGCGGCCGUGACGGUCUUCUUCUGGUUCAUCUGGCUCUGCACCAUCGCAUUUAUCCUGACCUACACAUGCAUGCUCUGGACCUAUUUGGGGUGGUACCGGGCUCUCAAAGCUCAAGGGAUUGACCGCAACACCCUUCCCUACAAGGCUCCCUUCGCACCUUACACGGCAUACAUGGCCAUCUUCGUCGGCUGCGUUGUCAUGCUGUUCAUUGGGUUUGACUGCUUCGUACCCUGGAGCACUCAGGGCUUCGUCACCAACUACUUCGGCCUCGCCUAUGGAAUCUUCAUGUUCGUUUUCUGGAAGGUCCUCAAGCGCACCAAGUGGGUCGAUCCCAAGACGGCGGACAUCUGGAGCGGCAAGGCCGAGAUCGACGAGGAGUGCAAGAUCUGGGAGGAGAUUGGGUUCGACGAGUUUGAGAAGAGGAGGUUGGCGCAGAUGAACAUCUUUAGAAGGACUUGGGAGAAGAUAUGGUAG